CCGCGGUUGAGUGCACACACACACACGUGGCCAGCUGUUAGGGGUCAUCCGGGAAGGUAAAUGUUCGCUUCGAUUGUUGGUCGGCGAAAAAACGGUUCGGAAUAAUUUAUCUCCGCGGUGGUGGCGUCGUCGACGGUGCGCCUUGGGCAUUAGUUCAUAAUUCGUGCGAAGUUCGCCGUGCCGUGAACCAUCUGACGCAGUGCACAUCCGUCUCAGGGUUUGGGGGCUGAUGCGGAUGACGCUGGUACGCUAUGCUACCGCGUGAUUUACGGUUACGCUCCGGGCGGACCAGCAACGCACCACGGUGCGAUCGUGAUUGAGUUACUAAUCCGGAAAUGAACAUGGGACUUCAUCUUUCUCGCGCCGGGCCGGGCGAAGAUGCUGAUGUACUGCAGCAAUGCGGAAUGGGCACUUCUUUCGGGGUUUGUGGACGCGUACGGUGUACGGAGGAAAGUAAACGUAAAGGAUUCAAAACAUUUUGAUGCUAAAAAGUUGAAUCUUAUCACAGUGUCAGCAAUUUAUGCAAAGUAUCAAAGAAUGAAAUUAUAUUUUUUUUAAUUAAAAGGCUUAACAACAGGCAAGGAUGUGUCCAAAGGGAGAAUUUGAGAUAGUACCAGCCUAUACCUAUACACAGCUGGAUAGUCAGUCCUUACUAUAGGUUCUUUCGAGGCUUGAACCCACGACGAGCAUGUUGUGUUGUUAAGUCGUGCGAGUUUACGACUGAUCCACGGGACUCGCACAGGGUUCUUCUUCUUCUUUGGCACAACAACAGUUGUCGGUCAAUGUCUGCCUGCCUGUACAACGCGUUAGGCGUAGCUUUCAGUGACUAAUUGGCUAUUGGAUAGUAAUUCCUACGUCCAUUCGCCUGUGCAAAUUGAGGGAUUGAGCCCAUGACGAGCAUAUUGUUAAGUUGUGCGAGUUGAUGACUGUAUCACGAGAGCGGCCUAAAACUGUUACAGGCUACUGUAACGUAAAACAGCUUGAAUUGGAUUGAUGAACAAUGCGACAAAGACAAAAUACCGGUAAGCUGAGGACCCUAUCAGUGGUGGAACAUCCACCAGAGAAACCAGAGUGUGUAUUAAUCGAAGAUAAUAAUUUAAAAGGUCCAGAGGUCCUCUCGCGGUGGGCUCAGUACUUUGAUCAAUUACUCAACGACCAUUUUAACGAGCAGCUAGAGGCUCCACUAGCAGAUAGUGUCAUGCUACCUAGCAUCGACGAAACCCAAAAAGCUAUACGUCGGUUGAAAAAUAACAAGUCACCCGGAACCGACGGAAUGGCAGUUGCACGAUUAGAAAACAAAACUCAUCAAAUUAUUACUGAGGUGUGGGAUAGCGAAUCUCGAUGCCUUGUAAUUGGAAUCUCGGCAUCAUCUACGUCAUAUACAAGAAUGAACCUUCAGGAUAUACUUGUCCCGCACUCUUAAGAGAUAUUCGGAAACCAUCAAAGAGGAUUCCGAAACGAAAAAUCAACCAAAACGAACCAUCUCUUCAUUGACUUCUAAGCUGCAUACGAUAGCAUAGCCAGGGUACGUCAGGGUACCAACGUCACUUUCCAGAUUCCAAUCUAUGCUAGACGUUUCAAUAAUGCCUUAUUUUCUGUAUUCUACGACUUAUUGAAAGCAUCGCUCACAAUAUCUACAUUUACGGCAGAAAAACCGGUCUAGGCGAACCGUGCGAUCCAGUGACACUGAAUUUCCUUCGGAUGAAUAACUUACUACUGUUGUUAUUUUUCAUAGUUUUGCCAAUAGUGCUCUGUAACUUACCCAGGGUAGCUUGGCAACACGGACGGCCACCCUUUGUUUAUCUAUCUACACAUCGAAUAGCUUUACAGCGACUGGUUUGCAUUUCGAUACACGGUUUUGUAAACGGUCUGCGGUAUCUAUGCAAGCGCUGAUAUUCAACAAAUUACGCUUUCAUGUUGCUAUGGAAUCCAAUUUCGCUCGUAGCCAUCCAUUUGUAGAAUUCUCAUCAGACCGUACGUGGCCGGUAUGCUCGGUAAACGAUCUCAGUCUGGCGGGUGCAGCUCACCGAGUACGCAACAAUGAGCGACGGCAUUAGGAGGACACGAAGCGUUCAGCUGAAGUAUCUUGCUACGCUGCACCAGAUCGGUAAACCGCUGGAGGAACCGAUCAUCGGUAGACACUUCAAGCUGCCGGAACGGCCACGGCCGGCUGAGCAUCCCGUUUUCGAUAUGUCACUGCUAUAUAUCCCAAUCUACUGUCACCUGGUUCUGCACCCACCGGAAGAGAUUGCACGUCCCGCGACACCGGAGUUGAUUACACGGGCGCGUAUGGAGAAGACGCUGGAAAACUGGCUAGACUGAGAGUGGAUUUUUCCCAGCUUUCAAGGGCCAUGUAAGUGAAACAGUUCUCAACAUCCGUCACAGUGAUUUUGGGGUGUGCAUGUGCCCAAUGUGAAUCGUUUGCAACUGAAAAGUUAUGUCUUUUUAUUUUGUAAAAAUGGCAUUCGAAAUAUUUCUGUUACAUGCUUGGACCAAGUAAAAUCAUACACACACAGGUGCUCUGCAUACUACUUUGUAACGCGACGCGUAUCUGGAUUGCGGUUCUUCUUGGCCUCUAAUUGCUUCACUUUUUGGCGCUUCUGCGACGUCUCCUGUCUCAACUCAGCCUGCUUUGCCUUCUUAUUAUCCAACUGCUUCUCGAGCGCAAUGUUUUCCUGUUCCAGGUCCUCCGUUUCCUUCUGCUUAGCAUCCGCCUCCGUGCGGCGUGCCUGCGUUUCGCGCAACUUAAACGCGUGCCGCUCUUUCAGAUGGGUGAACACUUUAUUUAGAUUAUCGCUUGGGCGUGCUAGUCCAUCCUUGGGCAGGCGGAACCGUCGCAGAUUGGUAUCAAUCUCGCCGUGUAGCCCCUGCAGCAGCUGCUCCUGUUGUAUCUGCUCGUUGGUAAGCUGCUGCACCUCAGCCCUCAGCUCGUUGACUUCGGCCUCGAGCUGUUCGUUACCCUGCAGUGGCACAUCACCCUGCUGUGUGAUGUAGUGGGACAGACUUUGCACGCUGUUGAUGGCAUCUGUGGCACUGCAGCGUCCUUGUGCACGCUGCAACUUUUCCGCCACGCUUGUCAGGGCGAUGUACUGUAAUAGCCGGUCCAGGUACGGCUUGUCACUUUCUUUGCAACACAGACCAUGCUCGAGUUGAUAGUCGAUCUUGCAGUGCUGGUCAGCAUCGUGUACUGCAGAAUGGGCUACGUUUCUGAAAAGUGCACGUAAACUGUUACAAUCCCAGUCAUUAUGCGAUAGUGUAAGAUUCUUUAGCGUAUGACUGGUGCUAAGCUUAAGGGUCACGAUGGAGUUGUGGUCAAGGUAAAGGUACUCCACCCUAUCAAACUGCGGCUGGUUACGUUCCACGUGCAGCAGAUGAUUGUGCGACAGAUCGAGCACUUUGAGCGUUGGGAUGGGUUGACCGUAAAGAUUGAGCGCCACAAGGUGGUUGUUGGAGACGUACAGUCGCUCCAAGCGCUGCAUUUUGACAAAGUGUUGGUAAGUUAUCUUCUCCAACUGGUUGUAGGAAAGAUCCACGUCAACCAGUCCGGGAUAGUUCAGCAGCCAGGCAGUGUCAGUCAAGUUGUUGUGUUGCAGCUUCAAAAUGGUCAACUCCACGUUGACGGGCCCGCGUACGACGUUGAUGGUAUUGUGCGAUGCGUCUAGUUCUUCGACCGCGAUCGGUAUGGCAAGCGUUGAGAGCAGGUUGUAACUGACGUUGACGUGGAAGAGACUGGGAAUGAGAGCAAGGUCAACAUGCGUAAGCCUGUUGCUGGACAGUUGAAGAUUUUGAAGCUCUGUAGUCGCUUGGAAAGUGUCGUCUUCGAUGCGUUCCAGGUUGUUGUUCGACAUCGCCAGCAUGCUGAGCUUGGGUGUGUUGUGGAAGAUUCCGCGUGGCAGGCUGAUUAAAUCGUUCCGUUCCAGCACAAGCACCGUGAGCAGUGGGACGUUCUGAAACACGUACGGUGGCAAAUAUCGAAUCGCAUUGAAUCCCAUGUACAGCUUCUGAAUUGUGUGCGCGUAAGCGAACGCGUUCGUAUCGAUCUCCUCUAUCUGCAGGUCAUUCAGAUUGAGCAGCUCAACCUGGCGGAAGGAGGCGAGUAAAGCAGCGGGCAGUUUGCGCAUGGUAGAGUUUUUGAAGGUAACAUUCUUCUGGUUGUUUAGUGUCAUAUCCUCAAAGCCAAAGUAUACGUCUUGCGUUUGCAUGUCAAUGUGCACAUCGUAGAACACACAGUCGUACUGCAGAUUACCCUCAAUGCAUUUGUAUUCGGGCUGUCGUGGUCUUACGUUAUAGCGUUGCUGACCUCCGUAUUUUGGCUGACUUCUGUAGAUUGUUUGACCUAUAUGGGUUGGAGUUCCGUACGGCAGCUGCCCUCUGUUGGCUGGCAGACCUCCGUUGGCUGGAAGUCCUCCGUUGGCUGGAAGACCUCCGUUGGCCGGCAAACCUCCGUUGGCUGACUGACCUCCGAAGUUUGUGUCUCUUGUGUAGGUUGUGUGACCUUGUGUGUAGGUUGUGGCUGGCAGACCACCGUUGGCUGGCUGACUUCCGUAGAUGUUGUAUCCGUUCACAUGGAAAGAAGGUUUGGUGGUCGCAACAGGCUGCUCUUCCGUAUACCAAUAAUUAUUGCCCCCAACAGCUGCAACACUACCACAUGUGAAGAAAAUCACA